CGAUCUCCAUCACGGGGUGGUGUUGGCCUGGCAGCCCCUGCCUUGGGCUCAUAUGGCCAUCCUAGCUGCAGGCAGAGCAGCUGAGCAAGAAAAGAACUUGAUUUGCAGAGGUGUCCCAGACAUGAUAGUUGCCACCAGGGCUGCGGCUUUCUAAGGAAGGCUUAACUUCAGAAGAACUGUCUGUCUGAAAGCACGCAUGCAGCUGUGUUUAGACAGACUGCCUCUUCUUCUGCUGCUGCAGGAGCCUUGCCUCUUAACUGUGCUCACAGCCCAGCUGUGAUGGAGCUGAUUGAGGUAGCCCCGUGAGGAGGUAACAGGUGUCAGCCCUUGCCUACCCUCUCUCUCUCUCUCUCCCUCUCUUACCAUUUCCUGAGAUUCCAGAGCUGAGCCCAGGUAUUUGGCAACAGGUUCUCAGCUCCUCUGCAUGGGGCUCUUGGAAGGCAGCUCCUUCCCCCCGGAUGAAUUCAACGUUCGCCCCUGCUCUGUGAAAGGAGGACCAAGAGACCCACCCUACCUGCCUGCCUGCCUAUCUUGAAGAGAGAGGUGGCUCUUCUCAGGUGUUGGAGCUGCAAAAUAAGAGUGGAAACAAGCAAGGGACUCUGCCUGGGGAUCUUGGCUCCCUGUGCUGCUGAGGGAGGCCAUGGAUAAUCUCAAGAGGCCUCUCUGGCUUACACACCUGGAGCCUUCUCUCUAGAAAGGGAGCAGGAAGUCUCAAGGGGGGGGGGAACACAUUUCUGGUUCAUGCCCUCCUUAUUUGCCUCUGCUGUUUUUCCCCACCAGCGACCCAGGUAGGGAGAAAAAGGAUGUGCUCCCAGGGGCUGGCAAGGGGGAAGAAGGCAGGCGUGGAGGAGGAGAAGCAGGAGGCGGCAGAGGCAACCCAGGGCCAACGACAGCCAUGGGGCACGCUCCAGAAAAGCUUCCGGCACGUGGUAGAAAAGAUGAGGAGCGAGGAGAUGAAAGUGGCCCACCUGAGCCACGGGCUGCAGCACCUCUGCCGCGUGGCCUUCGCCAGCCCCGUGCGCCACGUGGCCCACCACUCCCCCAAGAGGUCCUUUGUGGUGCUCGAUGCAGAGAGCACGUUGCACUUCUUGCGGGAGGACGGGUCCCUCGUGAGGAGCGUGGCGGCUCCUGCUCCCAUGACGGGGCUGCUGUACGCCGCCCAAGUGGACCGGUUUGUGGGCUGGGACACGGAGGGGCUUCUGGUCCUGGACUCCAGCUUCCAGCUGCUCUCCCAGGUGCCGUCCCGCCUCCCGAUCCGUUGCGGCCUCUACAGCGAGCAGCUGAACCGGAUCGUGACGGCCGGUGAGGGGAACCUGACCCUCUGGGGCUUCCGCUACGGCUUCCGGAGCCUGCAGUGCCACGCUGCGGUGAGCGAGGGCCUGGAGCCCAGCAACGUCUUCACCCACCUGGCCUUGGGUGCCGACAGCCCGGAGAGCCAAAGUUGCUUCACCGCCUGUGACACAGGCGCCGCUGCUUUCGACAUCGCCAAGGGGAGACUCCUGUCCUUCAAGAAGGACCUGCACAGCAGGGUGAUCACAGGCCUCGCGUAUUGCCACGUGACCGGCUGCGUGGUGACAGCCUCUCGGGAUACCACCAUCAAAGUCUGGGACAAGAACUGGAACAUUCAGACGGUCUUUGUGGGCCACACCGCUCCCGUCAUUGCUGUGACCAUCUACCCCGACAGACCCCUCGUCUUCUCUGCUUCUCAAGACGGAACGAUCCGUACUUGGAACCUCGACACCAUCGACCAGGUAGACCAAGUCCACGUCCUGGAGCCCGUGGAGACUCUGGAGACAAAAACGGCCUCCCACGUCAUCUCCACUUCGGGCUCAUCCCUGAACCUCUGGAAGAUCAACAAGCUCUACUCACUCUACAGCCCCGUGGGGUCUCCCGUCAAGCGGCUCAGCUGCUCCAACCUGGAGGCCCUGGGCAACUUCCCCGUCCGGCUCCUGUGCGUGGGCCAGGACUCCACGGUGCGGCUGGUGGAGGCCCAGAGCGGCCUGAUCCUCUCCACGUUCUCCUUGGACCAGCCCUCCCAGGUCCAGGAGGCGGCUUACUGCCUGCCUCGAGAGACGCUCUUUGUGCUGACGGAGCCGGGCAGCUUGCUUCGCAUCAACGCGGCGGCUGACCCCAUGGUGCUGAAGAAGAGCACCCCCAGCUGCUCUCAGGAGUCCAAGCCCUGCUGCCUCCUGCUCUACAGCCACGUGGUGGACCCUGAGGCCGCCUACGCCACGUGGUGUGAAGUGGCAGAGAACAAAAGCUACCGGAAGCAGUGGCAGAGGCCCCCACUCCAAAGGCAGGAGAAAAACAGGUACCUGCCUGUCCUGGGGCACACGAAUGGGUUCCUCAGUGUGGUGGAAUGGUUUUCGGGCCGAACCCAGUACGAAGUGGAGGCUCACGGAUCGGGACGCGUCACAGCGUUGGCCGAAUACCCUGCUCAGACAUGUGUCAUUUCAGCUGGUGCUGAUCUCACGGUGAAGAUGUGGCGCCUCUUCCCCUACGCGGAGGAGUGCCUGGUCCCCCUCUUGUGCUUCUCCUGCAACUCCCCGGCCACACACAUGUGCUCCCUGGGUGAAACCCUGGCAGUGGCUUUCCAAGACCCUGAGACCAUCACCCACCGCAUCGUUUACUACAGCCUGAUGGAGCAGACCUGCUAUGAGCAUAAGCCGGAGGACGACGCCGAGGACGAGAUCACAGGACUCUGCUGCUGCCCCAACCUGACACUCUUCGCCUCAGCCAGCAGGGAUGGCUCUGUGAAGGUCUGGGACAUCAAGAACAAGCUGCUCCGGCACCUGAAGCUGAACACCAUCCCAGAGAGCUUGGCUUUCGCCAACCGCUGGGGAGACCUGCUGGUGGGCAUCGAGCGGCACCUCUACCUCAUCCAUCACAACAAGUACCUGCCCAACUACUACAGGAUGAAGUUUCUCUGCACGAAGUUCUUGGAGCCCCUCAAGGACAUUCCCCUCCCGCUGAGCAACUCCUGCUUUGAGGCGCUGGUCAAGGAGAACGUCAGGCGGCUGCUCCACGAGCCACCUCUGGAGGAGGCAGAGUCACCUCUGCCUGGAGCUCAGCGCCAGGAGACAAAGGCCCCCCCAAGGGAUAGCCAGCCCCUGCCAAGGGGUCUCUCUGGGCUGGCCGAGAGGGACCGCGACCUGCUGCGCCUCCAGACGGGGAGGAUGAGCCCGGCCAAGAAAGGGAGGGUCACCCAGGAGAUGAAGGAGGAGGCCUUUGAGAGAUACCUGCGGAUCUUCUACAAGGAGCAGCCCAAAAUGGAGAUCCCUAAGGAGGACCCCUUUGACGCUGACGAGGUGCUGGAAGCCCUGCGCCACGUGGACUCCGUGGCCAAGCUCUACGGGCCGGCCAGGCCUAACAUGUUUCUGGGGUGCUUCCCCCGCCCCUCCGUCCUGAAACCUGCAGAACAGACACCCCCGGAGGCCAGCCCCCCGGCAGAGAGCAGCUCCAGGGUCCCCUCCCUCGGGAGGAUCCCUCUCGCUGUCACCCUCGAGGCUUUGGUCCAGUUUUCCCGAAGGAAGAAGGACAGGAAGGAGGAGGAGGCAGCUCUGCUGGAGAAGGAACAGGCCCCCCCUCUCAAAGGGCCAAUCCUCUCCCCCAGGGAGGCCUCCCCAUCCGCCCAAGCACCCAAGCCGCCCCUGACGCCCAGCGUUUCUCCACAAGCCAUCUCUGCCGCGGGUUCCAGGGAAGGGAGGCGCAAGGGCCGCCGCAAGAAGAAGUCGGACAAAGGCUUAGGCGUGGUCCACGAGCCGGACACGGCGCCUGCAUUCCCGCUGUCUUCCUACGUCUCUCCAGCCCCCGGUGGUGUGGCAGAGGCCAUCCCGCAUGAGAAGAGCAUCUCCUUCAAGGAGUCCCCUUCGGUGGUCCAGAGGCAGGCGUCCCACAAGCGCUCCUCCAGCCCCUCCUCACGCCCCAGGAGCCAAACGUCUGUGAUCGUCAAGGGCUUCUUCCCUGAGAGGCACCCCGAAAGCCCAGAGUGGAGCCGUUCACAGAUACGGAGGGCGUUGGGAAGUCGGCAGAGCGUGCCACUGCCCGGAAUAUCCUCUGGGUACAUCCCGAAUUCCGUGGUUGCCCAGCAGCUUCAUGUCUGGGAUCAGCCGGAGGAGGAGGAGGAGGAGUACCGCCAGGAGAGACUUGUUGAGGUGACGGGACCCCAGGAGGAGCUGGAGAGCCUCUCGGGGAUCAGCUCAACGGGGGUGAUGGGCAGCGAGGAAUCCGAGGAGUCGCCCGCGUGGGAACCUUCGGGGGCAAAACCAGCCGGUAGCUCCCAGUCCCCCGUCAAGGAGAGCCCACCUGAAGUUUUCCUGACCCAGCUGGAUGCCUCCCAGUAUCCAGACAAAGAACAGAUGCCCCCCUCCUUCAUCCUGCCUUUGGUGGACACGGAGUGGUUCCAGAAGAUGUUCCCUGAGGGCUUUCCACCUGAGACGACCCUCCAGCAAUUCCUGGCCAUGCUUCUGGGCAACAUAGUCACUGCUGACUUCAACACAAAGACAGAGUUACUUGGUGCUGUUUUGUCCUUGAAGGAGCAACUGAAGGAUCGCAUGAGGCAGACGGUCUACAAGACCCUGCUUCAUGUUCUGAACAUGAAGGAAGGGAGCCCAUCCAUGCAGGAGAGAAGCCAGAGGAAGUUCAUCUUGGCCUCCCUGCGUGCCCUCAUGGAUAUCAACAAGGACAGCAAGGAGCUGAUGGUGGAGCUGGUGACCUACUACGUGAUGGCCCCUCCCCCCUUCAGGGCAGCUGUGAAGGAUCUGAUACAGGACGUGGGUGUGCAGGAUCCCCACGACUACUUCUACAAGGAGCUGGAGUCCUGGCCGGUGGGGGAGCAGGAGACCAAAGAGUCGGUGCGGAGAAGGAGCAAGCAGUGGCUGGACGGAGCGAUGCAGGAGCUCCAGGAAUUCCGAAGACGUUUUCUGGGCCAGGAGGUUCUGGCGGAGCAGAAGUCUCUGUCUGAGAUCUCCCUGACGGAGCUGCGAUCCACGGAGAGUCCACUCUGGGAACAUAUGAGCCCUGAGGAAGAUGAAGACAACUUUGAGGAGCAGCCAGAGUGGAAAUACUCCUCUGUGAGCUUUGAAGAGGAGAAGAGGGGCGCUGCUGCAGGCCAAGAGGGAACUCCACCAGAGGCAGAGAAGGCGUUCUAUGGGCAUCGAGAGGGGGCAGAAAAGGAAGAGAUGAGGGACGACCUGGGCCUGGAGGAGCAGCAGGAGGGCAGAGUCCCCGCAAGGAGGGACCAGGAGGAACCCUUGGGGGAUGAACCCGUCGUUGGAAAGGGUGAGCGGCCAGAGAGGAAAUGCUCCACGAAGAGAGCCCAGAAGGGGACAGAAGUCACUGAGCAGCGGCUGCAUUUGGUGCAUCCCAUAGAUGCGAUCCAUCAUUUUAUGGAAAAGCAGUUGGAGAGAGAACUGGAGGAGAUGAAGCGGGUGGUCUCUGCUGCCUUGGACACUCCCAGGGACACCGUCAUGGUCCUGCCUCCAAUUCGCAAGAAACGGGCAAUCCUGAGACUGGGAGAAACCAACACCAUGUGGAGGAAGAGACUACCUGAGCGCUUCUACUUUCCGUACAUCUUCCCACGUUACCUCAUGAAAGGGUUUGUACCCUUUGUGAAACUCCCUCUGCCAAAAAUAAACCUGGACGUCUUCCCGGCCCCUUCAGAGAGACCGCUUUCUCCGAAGACGUUUGGCGCCAUGCAGCAAUCAGUCCACAGAUAUUUCAUCCCCAAGUUUUCCUAUGCUGACAGCUACCCUUGAAGGCACAUCGGCCUUUUGCAAAGCUCUGGAAUGGAAAGGCCUGACUUGCCCCCGUGAGGGAAGAGGAUGCUUCUGCCCUGCAAUGGAGGGGUGGGCAAGCCCAGCUCCAUUCAAAUACCUGGAGCCAAGCUGACUGAUUUAACCCCGCCUGAGGGCAACACUGAGAUACAGGCGGCGUCCUGCUGCAGCCACAUCUGGAUAAAAUGCAAAGCCGAAUGGAAGGCAAAAGAGAAAUAAAAGCAAAUCGACGUGA